AUGGCUUUCGCUGGCGUGUCUCUCAUCGCCGACGGCAGGCUGUGCGCCUCCACCGAGUCCGUCUUCAACUGCGGCGCCGACAGCGGGUACCACUGGCUCGUUGUCGAAGGCUACUCCCGCACCAAAGAGACAACUCCCAACGGGAAGUGGAUCCAGUCUCGUCCUUUCAUCGUUGGAGGCCGUCGCUGGAAGGUCCGCUACUACCCUAAUGGCUAUGGCGAGAAUGACCAAGAGUUUAUCUCGCUUUUCCUUUCCCAGGACGAAUAUCUCAGGAACUAUGUCCAGGCUCACGUUGUCUUCAGUUUCAUUGACCAACCUGAGUUGCGAGUGCCAAACCUCAUCUGUCAAAGCCAACCAUGUUACUUCUAUUAUGGCUGCAGUCUUAGUGAUCAGCCAGGAAGAUUUGUGACAAGGGAGGCUUUCGAAAGAUCAAGCCAUCUCAAGAAUGACAGCUUCGUACUACGGUGUGAUGUUGUUGUCCUUGACAAGAAGGAUGACGAGAGCGAUGAGGAAGAGGAGGAGGAGGAGGAGGAGGAGCAUGCUCGUCCGUUCAUUAAAUUGCCACCGUCCGACUUGCCAACCCAUUUUGGCGACCUGCUCCUAAGCAAGGAAGGUGCCGACAUUACAUUUCAAGUUGGCGGCAAAAAGUUAGCUGCACACCGCUGUGUGCUUGCAGCCAGAUCUACUGUCUUCAAGACACAACUCUAUGGUGGCGCCAUUAGUGAGGGCGCUGUUGCACUUGCACCAAGUGUUGUGAAUAUAGAUGGCAUUGAAGCAAAUGUCUUUGCUGGCUUGCUUACUUUCAUCUACACUGACGGAAUGCCUGUCUUUGAGGAUGCAAUGCCUAUUGGGUUUCUGAAUAGUGACAAAGGUGAAAAGCAUGCAACAUGGCUGCUGCAGUUGCUUGAAGCUGCAGAGAAAUAUGAUCUCAAAAAGUUGAAGUUGGUCUGUGAAGAGAAGUUUGCCAAUCUGAUAUGUGAGAAGAGGGUUGCAGACGUUAUUGUCGUGGCUGAGCGGAGACGGUGCCGCUGGUUGAAGGAGGCCUGCUUGGAGUUCAUCAAAACUCACACCAGUUUGCACAAAGCUUUUACGGCGGAUGGCCUGGAGCAGAUAAUCAGGACCUGCAGCCCCGCCGUUCUCGAAGAGCUCAUUUCCUCAUUUGCUUCCAAAGACGGUGCAGUUUGUGUGUCAUGCAUCCCACUAAAUAUAUCUUUUCUGCACUCUUUCAUUUGCAUCAGUUGCCACCAGGCGCAGUUGGCUAAGCUGAAGCCGGAGAUGCUGGAUCCAAGAGGCGCAGGACGGAUGAGGCCUAGAGAUCAUGCUGGGUUUCUCUAG